CUUAGCAACCUUCCCGCACAUGCUCAGUGAGAAAGAGGAAGGGGCCAUUGGUGCGCCAUUACUGACUCUUACUGCGCAUACUCCAAGACACAUGGAAACGUCAGUCUCUUCCUCCUCGUCUCUAGGCCAUGUCUUCCCUGGCUCUGCUUCUGGGCUUAACGUCCCAGUAGAGAUAGUAGACGCCAAUUCAUUACCUUCUCCCCCACCUCUCCCUCCCCCUGUACGAGAAGGAGGGGGAGAAGAGACCACGGUACUAGAGCAGUCCGGCCCGCCAUCGCAUCAAGAUGAGGAGGAGUCUAUGGAAAUAAGCUUAGAUGACAUAUCCCGCCAUGCCAGUUCCCACUCUCUCACCGAAGCACUUAAUGCCCCCCGGGGGGCUGUGGGGCGAGGAGAAAAGAACGGGAUUGAAGAUUUAGUUUUGAAUCCGUCAAACGGCCCCGUUGACUCGACUCAAUUAACGCCCGUGUUGCCUAGCAACCAACAGUUGUCUGCCACGCCCCUCUCUCUCCCUGGGAUACCUAGUAACAGUGUUGCCCCGCCCCUUGGACCGACCACGCCUACUUUGUCGUCAUCUCCAGGUGGUCUCAGUUUAGGAUUAGAUGGAACAAGCCUGGAUACUAGUCUAGCACUCCAGCAGUUCACUCAACACUUUCAAGAGAUGAGUCGUUCUCUCCGCAGCGAAGGGAUUGAGAUAUCUCCUGAGAAUCUUGCUAGUAAUUUCCCUCAGAGUUUGGCAGAAAUAGCAGCGCUUCUAACUCAAUCCACGUCAUCUCAGUCCUCGUCUGGCGGAAUAUCAGCGAAUCUACUCGAAUCAAUGAUAAAUCAGUCAGUUACUCAGCCCACCCUACCUAUAGACUAUGAUAUUGCUGGUGUUAUGAAUGGGCCGAGUCUCGCUGCUCCAGCGUCACACCCUGUUGGUAGAGCCGAUGGUAGGGAUGAUGGGGAUAUUGACAUGGUUUUAAAUGAGCCUCACGUUCCCUCUAGCCCAGAUAGUAAUUUUGAUACGAGUGAAUUGCUGGCCCCCACAUUGACGCAGGAUAUUGAACUAACCACUAAGCUAGCUAAUGCCGGCCCUGUUGGCGUUGCAGCAGCUGCUGCCAUUCUGAGUGGGCGUAAGCGUAAAAGACACGUGUUUGAGUGUAACCCAGCCCUAAGGAAGAGACACUGUUCUAAACUAAUGAGGAAACUGAAGGAAACUCUUGAUGAACUGUCCACUAGAGUUGGGCUACAGGCGUGUGUGGUCACUUAUCGCCCGUCAUCAAAGCAAGAAAAACCAGAGCCAGCUUUCAAGAUAUUUGGUACAUCGCCACUUUAUGGAGCAAUAGAGGAACAGAAGGGAAGAAUAUUGAACAGAAUGGACGAGCAGCUUAAAAAGCAGAUACCCCCAACCCCUCCAUCAUCAAACAAGCAAUCGUCCUCGUUUGAACUCCCUCCCCUUGUAUUUGAGGGCAUUCCCACGCCGGUUGGUGAGAUGACCCAAGCUCAGUUACGAGGUUUUAUACCGACAAUACUCAAAUAUUCCACGGGUCGAGGGAAACCAGGCUGGGGUAAGGAAGAUAUGAAGCCAUCUUGGUGGCCUGAUGAUGUCCCCUGGCAGAAUGUAAGAAGUGAUGUACGCAAUGAAGCAGAUAAGAAAGCCAUGCCCUGGACUGACUGUUUGAGGAAGACAAUCGUAGCUUGUUAUACUCACCAUGGUCGUCUUGAUCUCCUUGAGGCUGCCGUCAGUCGGAAGAAGGAGGGAGAGGAGGAAGAGGGAGGAGAGAGGGAGGGUGGGGGAGGAGGAGAUGGUGGGGAUGAGAGGAGUGAAGCAGCAAGACAGUUGCAGCUGCAAAUAGAGCAAGAUCAGAGUAUUGAUUUCUCAAAUGUCAUGAGCUCAAGUAAUGGGGUUAAUGAGCUAACAGGAACACAGGAUCAAGGGUUAAGUUCAGCAGAUCAGCAAGUGUUUACCAUUGACACUGGAGUUGGUAACUGUGACACUUCUGGUAUGCCUACGCUAGCUGAUGCAUCUCUAGCAGAAACUGCAGCUAGACUACAACAGGUUGCUGAUGAGACUGGACAGGUACAAUAUGCUACACAGACAGUUACUGUGACUGAGAGAGACUCAAAAGCAUUAGGUCAGCCGGUAGGCUCGACCACUACUGUUCUACUCACUGCCUACCCCAGUGGACAUUCAGCAGUUGGUGAUACACAGCAGCAGUAUUAUGGGAGUAACCCUGUUACUAAUGAUGCCAGUACUGCCUCCUCAUCCUCUUCUGCAGUCCACAAUAAUACAAGCACAGCUCCUAGUGUACAAGUUGUCUAUAGUGCUUCUGUUAGUGAAUUACCUGAGUCUAUAGUAUCCGGGAUUACAACUGGUCCUUAUGAAGAAAGAGAGAGGGGGGUAGAAGGGCCUGACCCAGCUAGUUCCCCCGGGAGACAAGCAUUAGCUGAUACUAAUGAGUAUUUGUCACGUGCUACUGGUCUUUCGAACCACGAUGUCAAUAUUGAUUUGGCAUCUCAGUAUAUCAGUGGGUACACGCAUAAACCAGAUAGCUUAUUGACCGGAGGAGGUCAAGAAAAAGACCUUGGUAUUUUGUCUGGUGAAGGUCAAGAGAAGGAUCUUGGUUUGAACGGUGACAGUUCAGAGAAAGAGGACGCUCUGGUUAGUGCCACUACUGAACAAUGAACUAUUUACAUAAAACAGUUGAUUUUUACAUGCAUAGAGUGCACCUUUUCUUUCUUAUUACUAAAAAUAAAAUAACACCUCUGAGUUUGUAUAGAUAAAAGAUAUUCAUUAUAAUAAAAUAAAA